AUGAAUAGUGAUUUUCAUCACUACAUGGAGAGGUUAUCAGUAACCCCUUCACUUGGAUAUCAGAGCAUGCUGUGGAAGUUUGAAAAAAGAGUCCCGUAUACACCUUUAAUUCCAAGCGUCAACCACAUUGGUCGAAGACUAAACAUCGAAAUCUUGCAAGAAAUGGAAGUAAGUGGAGUUGUUGACGACUUCUACUUGAACUGCAUCGACAUAACCUAUAAAGGGGUGUGCGUGGGUUUGGGAAACGUCAUAUUUCGUGUCGAUAACGAAACAAAUGAGGUACAGAAAAUAUUGAGAGGAGAUGGUGUUAUUUCAAACGUGUCGUGCAGAGGAAACCAUGUCUUAGUUGGGUUCUGUGAUGGUAGUAUAACGGUAAUCGAUAUGACAACAAAUUCGGUUACAUCAUCCGAACCGCACAGCGACAGAGUUGGGAGAAUGGUCGAACUUGAGAACCAAACAGUCAUGAGUGGAAGCGCUGACGGGAGUAUCUGUGUCACAGACCCGAGGGAGGGAAUGAAACCGACGUGGCAAUUUGUUAUUGGAAGCGAAGUGUGUGGACUAGACGUGAACGAACCUUAUGUUUGUGUGGGAACAAGCAAUCACUCUCUUGACAUUAUCGACCUGAGGUUCCCAAAACACUUCCUAUACACGAAUCAAUCGCACAAGUCGGCGGUAAAGGCAGUUGUAUUUGAACCAUCAAGAACAAGUGUUAUUUUCAGUGGUGGUGGAAGAAAAGAUUUGUCGGUUCAGCGUUGGAACGUUAUCACGAAUGAAAGGUGUAUUGUUGAUGUUAAAAACCCUGUUGUUGGUAUUGGAUUUUACGAAGGCUACAUCAUCGGCUUUGUUGGAGCUCCUCAAAAUGGUGUCGUUGUUCUUGAUGAUAAAAUGGUGGUGUUGGAGAAACGGAGCGGGCAUACCAAACGGAUAGUUGCAGCGAGUAGAAUUGGAAAUGGUGGUGUGUGUGCAACCCUUGGAUCAGAUUGUUUUGUUAAUAUAUGGCAUUUGUUCUGCUUUUACAAAACAAACACAUCGAAUAAUUCGAAAUCAAAUCCAUUAGUUGGUAUUCCAAAUGGAAUGUACAAAAUGCACAAUAAAAGUUACAAUUCCACAAAUAAGUUGUCUUGUUUUUUCUCGAUUUGUUAA